AUGUCAGCAACAACGAAAAAAGAAAAUCAAAGAAUUCCAAAUUUAGUUAUAAUAUGGCUUGAUCCUACAUGUAAUGAUCACAACGAAUUUAAACGAUAUUAUUUUAAUAAUCCCCUCGUUGAACCAGAAUCAUGGCUUUAUUUUGAUAAUCAUGAGCAUUGUGCCGAUUAUAUAAAAGGAAGUCCAAGAAAAAAAAUAUUUUUAAUAGUUACUGGACGUUUUGGUGAAGAAAUGAUACCUGAGUUACAUAAUUUGAUACAAUUACAUUCUGUCUAUAUUUAUUGUAAAAAUAUCACAAAAAAUAAACAAUGGUCAUUAAAUUUUGACAAAAUAACCGAUGUUUACAAUGAUCCAAUUAAAUUGUUAGUACAAUUUCAAAACGAUAUAGUUGAAUAUGGUUUACGGUUUCAAAAGAUUCUUCGUAUAAAUGAUGAUGACAAUGAUCCAAAAGUAAAUCAUUUUUCACAACCAAAUAAAAAUUGGUGUCCGUGGAAAUCCAAUAGUUGUACAAAAAAUUUAACAUUGAAAGGUCAAGGAACAAUUGAAAUUAUUCAAUUAAUGCCAGUGCCAUUCGAACUCUUGUUAACGAAUACAGAAAAUUCAAAUUCAAAUGAUAAUGAUGAUUUUUUUGGUAUUCUAUUGAUUGUCAAUGAUCAAAAAGUAACAAUAAGUAAAAUAAUAAAUGAUGAAACAACAUUAUUACAAGAAUCUAUUGAUGAUGAUGGUGUAUUAGAUACACAAAGUAACGGUGAAGAAAUACCAUAUAAUAUUUAUUGGUUUAGUUUAGAUUCAAAUAAUCUAUUUGUUAAAUAUGGUACUGGUGAAAUUCGACACCAUUGUAGAGUGAUAGAAUGUUAUUUUAACGAAAAUGAUCAAAAAAAUUUAAAACAAAUUAAAUAUAUGCAUAUAAAAUUAAAUAAUAAUAUUAAUUUAAAUGAAUUAAAAUAUUUACAAAGUAAAAUAAAAGUUUAUAUUGGAACGGAACCGGUUGUUGAUGAUCCACCAUUAUUAAUUUUAUCCGAAACACAAUUUACAACUGUUGAAGAUAUUGUUAAUCCAAGAGGUAUACCGGCAUCCGUUUUAGCUGAACCGUGUCGUAUAUUAUAUUCAUAUAUAAGUAAUUUUAAAUUGAAUAAUGAUGAUUUCCCACAAUUUAUUAAUGCUAUUGAACAAAGUAUUCAAAAUUCAAAUGGUCUAUGUUAUAAAAAAUUACAUGAAAAAGCAAAUCGUUUUGGUAAGCCAAAUUUAAAAGCAACAUAUUUAAGAAUAACAUUGGGUAAAAAUAUUGGUAAUGCACCGGGUAUACCAUAUGUUCUUGAAGUUUGGCCAGCAGGACAUUAUAGUCCAAUUCAUAAUCAUGGAAAUUCGUAUGGUAUAAUACGUAUUUUAUACAAUGAAAUAUUGAUUAGUUUAUAUCAAUCGUUAAAUAUAAAAAAUCAAAAACCAUUUAUAAAACGUCUUUUACAUGAAAAUGAGAGUACAUGGAUGUUACCAAAAUUAAAUCAAACACAUCAAGUAUCCAAUGUUAGUGAUCGAUGUUGUAUAACGUUACAAUGUUAUCAGUAUGGUAAAGAAGAUACAAAACAUUAUGAAUAUUUUGAUUAUAUAAACAACGAUGGAAAAUCAAUAAAUCAUUUUAAUCCUAUAUCUGAUAUGGAUUAUAUGGAAUUCAGAGACGCAAUUAAAAGAGAAUGGACGGAAAAAAGUAUGGAAACUUUGUAA